AUGAUUGAAGAAAAAUUACAAAAUGGAGAGAUUAUUUCAGAUAAUUCAACACCGACAAUAAAUUAUCAACAGCAACAACCAGGCACUUCCUCCAAUUCAUUUCAAGAUGGAAAUAUAGAGCAUUCAAAUCAACUUAAAACUACACCUUCGUUUAAAUCAGUUUAUGAUGAGGAUAUUGAUGAUAUAGAAGUCCCUUUACGUUGUGGUGUAGGUAGUUGCACCCCUGACUGGCUUCAAAAAUUACAUACGGCUAAAUGGCUAUUAUUAUUUCUUGGAAUAUGUGCAUUUAACCAGUCCUUUGUUAUUAAUGCUAUUUUCCCUGUGGAUCUUUCUACUUUAGAAAAACGUUUUCAUAUGACUAGUACUCAAACUGGUAUAAUAUCAAGUUGGUAUGAUUUGGCCGUCCUUCUUGUUGUAUUUCCUGUUUGCCAUUGGGGAAAUAUUGGCCAUAAAGGCCGUUGGAUUGGAAUAGGCUCUUUAAUUAUGGGUUUUGGCUCUUUUAUUUCUGCAAUGCCUCAUUUUAUUUCCUCUCCAUGGCCUAUUGAUAAUUUAAAUUCUAGUGAUUAUGGACAGUGUACUAACAGGGUUGAACUAAACGAACACUGUGAAAGCAGAAGAAGAGGAUUAUUAGAUGCCUGGUAUAUGAACCCUUAUUUCCUCAUAUUUUUGCUUGGCCAAACAUUCCACGGAUUUGGAGCUACACCCCUUUUCUCCCUUGGAACGGCUUAUCUAGACGAAAAUGUUUCACAAAAAUCAUCGCCUGUUUAUCUGGGUAAUCAAAAAUUAAUUUUAAAUUAA